UUCUUAUUUGAAUGCAUGUUAUUGUCUUAUUUCAUGGAGACACAAUGUUUUCUGAUGUCAUUUUUAGCUUAAGAACCUUUCUGUAUCUGAACGUCUCGUGUUGAAAUGUGUAAAGGCGUGCAUCACAAGUACUGUGGACGGAUUAGAAGCAUUAUGUGUCAGCUGACUGCUGUUGACAAAACAGUAUCUGACAGCACAGUAUUCAGUCAGUGAGAGACAGAUGCCCUCAACACUCGACGUAUCGGCAACAACAGUUUGGAGUUUUGCUGUUGCCUUUUUCUAUGUUGUCUCUGUGACAUUUUGGGGAGGUGCUUUUGUUACACACGUUUUAUCUCAGUUUGACCACACCCGUCUGAUGUCACAUCUUCGUGAUUACUCCGGAAAGCAGAGGGAAACAAUCACUUUCACCUGGUUUCUGUACAUAGUACAUACAGACUUCUCAAAUGUGUGUACUUGCUGGUUUGUUGACUGGUUUGAACUCCUGUUUGUUUUUUCUCUGAUAAAUUGCUUCAAACACCAGCUCACGUUGCUACUUUCUGCGAUUUCUAAUGGUAUCACAUGCUGCUGGGUUGAGAGAUGUGGUCAAAGUAAACCUGUGUUCAGCAGCCAACAAUGAAACAUACCAAGAGCGACUGCUUCGCCUAGAGGGAGACAAGGAGUCGCUGGUGCUACAGGUGAGUGUACUGACUGAUCAAGUGGAGGCCCAGGGAGAGAAGAUCAGAGAUUUAGAAAGUUCUCUGAAAGAACAUCGUCAGAAACUGGCCUCCAGUGAGGAGAUGCUACAACAGGAACUCAUGAGCAGGAUGUCACUGGAGACUCAAAAACUGGAUCUGAUGGAUGAGGUGCGCUGCCUCAAAUUAAAGCUGGCUAAUAUGGAUGAGACACACACCAGUACACAACUGCAAGACCACGUCAACACAAAGCAAAACAAAGCUGAGUGUGUGGUAAAUUUCAUCAGCGAGCUCCAGGAGCAGAUGUGCAGGUUUCAGGAGGAGAUCAGCACUCGCAUCCAGGAGAAACGAGCCCUGAAGGAGAGGGAGAGCCUGCAGGUGGAGCCCAGAGGCGACCAAACUCAGGGUGGUCCUCAGAUCGGGUUAGCCUGCCCAGACCUGAGCAUGUCUAACACAGAGGCCUGGACCUAUAAUGGAGGACACACUGUACAUGAUUUGUUACAAGAAGUAAAGAUGUUGAAAAGCAAAGUAGACGAGCUGGAAGGGGAGAAGAGCCAGUAUGAGAGAAGACUAAGAGCGACCAAGUUCUGUAUCUCUUACUCCCUCCAUGUAUGUUAUCAGUCACUCAUGACCCAGCUGUCCAGCCUCAGGCUGACGGUCAAGCACACGCAGUUAGAGAAGCAGCAUUUGGAGGAGCGCUGGCGCAGCACGCAGACAGAAAUAUCUGACCUGCAGCAGCUCCUUGCCACCAGAAACGCUGAGAUUGAGUGUCUGCAAACGCAGCUGCUGGCUGUGGGCGGCACAGCCACCGACAAUGCUGAAAAAGGGGAGAUGUAUAUCAAGCACCUGGUUAGCAAAUACCAAGAAUACCAAAAUCUGAAGGUGGGGAUGGAAAGUCUCUUGGCUUCUAAUGAUGAAAAGGAUCGUCAAAUACAGGAGUUGACCAUUUUACUAGGCCAAUACCAAAAGCGGGAGGUCAUGGCUCUGGCAAUGGGGAGCAGUGAAGAGGAGCUAAGCGGCAGUUUGAAACUCAGAGCAAUCACACAUAAGACACAAUCUGAUAUUCUUACAUCAGAGAUGUCAUCAAGAGGAUCUUCUCCGCUUAUAUUAUCGUCAUCUGCUUACCAGGGAGAUAUGGACACCAGCAUCCAAACAUUUAUGGACUCGUUGCUGGCAUCCACUGGAGAAAACAGCUUCUUUAAUGGAUCUUGGCCUCAGCGCAGGUUGCUCUCCAGCAGUCUUGAAGAGUUGCAGAGUGGAUCUUUGCAAAAGAAUCCACACCUGGAGUUGAGCAGAUACCAGACCCUGCCAGGAAAGCUGAGUAGAAGGAGAGACCUACGAGCUGAGAUGAAUGGUAGCAAAGAAAGAGAGGGAGAUUAUUUGCCUCCUGCUCGUGACCAUGAGCAGGAUUACAGUAUGACAGGGUGCACAGAGAAGCUGGAUGACUGCAUUCUGUCUGACCAGUCCCCUCUGUCCUCUGUAUCGGCCUCUGGACAACAUUCUCUUGUAUCACCAGAAACCAGGAAAUCCCACAGAGGCAUUAAAAAACUCUGGGGGAGGAUUCGUCGCAGCCAAUCAGGUAGCCCUGUACAGGUUCUUGACCCUGAACUGGGAGACUUCAAGAGGGGGGGGUUCAGAGCCACAGCUGGACCACGACUGGCCCAUUCUGGAAACACAAGAGACCUGAAGAUGCCUUUUUCCAAGUGGAGCACAGAACAGGUGUGUGGCUGGCUUGAGGAUAUUGGACUAGGUCAGUACAGCAUCCUAGCUUGUCACUGGGUCACCAGUGGUGAAACUCUAGUGUCAGCGACCCCACAAGAUUUUGAAAAGGAGUUGGCAAUGAAGAAUCCACUCCACAGGAAGAAGCUUCAGUUAGCCAUCAACACAUUCAGCAGCAAGCAGCCUGAAAAGUCAGCAGAGCUGGACUACACCUGGGUUAAUCGUUGGCUUGAUGACAUUGGCCUUCCUCAGUACAAAGAUCAAUUUAAUGAGAGUAGAGUGGAUGGACUGAUGCUGCAGUAUCUUACCGUGAAUGACUUGUUGUACCUUAAAGUGUCGAGCCAGCUCCAUCACCUAAGUAUUAAGUGUGCCAUUCAUGUUCUUCACGUCAACAAGUUCAAGCCUAACUGCCUCAAACGCAGACCUAGCAGUGAGAGCCAGUUUGCUCCCACAGAGGUGGUCCAGUGGUCUAACCAUCGAGUUAUGGAGUGGCUGAGGUCUGUAGACCUGGCAGAGUAUGCACCAAACCUGAGAGGGAGUGGGGUACAUGGAGGACUGAUAAUGCUUGAACCUCGAUUUAACUCAGACACACUAGCCUUGUUGCUGAACAUCCCUCCUCAGAAAACACUGCUGAGACGCCACAUUACUACUAAUUUUAACAGUCUGAUUGGAGCAAAGGCACAGCAAGAGAAGAGGGAGUACACCAAGGCAGCAGGCUACACUCUACUCAACAUCACAGCUAAAGUUAAGCCAAAGAAGUUGGGCUUCUCUAACUUGACUCACCUCAGAAGAAGACAGUCAGAUGAGUCAACAGACUAUGUGUGUCCAAUCACGUCGUCCUCUUCCCCAUCAGGACAGUCUUUGGUAAAUGGUGUGCACAUGCAUUCCUAUUGUGGAGCUAGAGGCCUGAGCCCCAUUACGGACAGAGAGGCUGACUAUGCUAGAAUCUAGAUGGGGCUCAACGAAACAGAGCUGACCCAUCUCCAUGACAACAGCUGUAACAGCAAUACCAUAAUAUAUAACACACUGAGCUUUAUUAUGUUGUCACACUUUCAAUCAGGCAAUCAGCUUCACUGCUACUACCCUGCUUCCUUUGCUUGCAGCUCUUAGUAACUCAGUCCAUCCAACUGCCUGCUCAGCCCAACCCUGUGCCUUACUCUUGAAAAGAUUUAGAGACACCUAGGUAACCCUGCCUGAUCAGUGAUGACAGCUGAUGGUCAUAAAGUGUGUAGCAAGACAGUGUAGCACACUUAAAGUAUUCUGAUUGCACUGAGCACACAGUAAAAGGACUAACUAACCUGACCUCAAGACCAUGCCAUGAUCUAAUACAUCAGGACAAAGCACGGUCUAUUUCUGGUCUCACAUCACAUCUUAUUUAUAUAGUAUAUACGCAUGUCUCUUGUUGUACAUUACUGUUCUGACACUUGUACACCACCUUUUAGAUGAUUUUGGAUGUGAACCUGUUAUCUCAGCAUCAAAUUUUCUGCAUUGAAAUCAGUUCUCUCAAACUUCGAACUUGUGCAAUAUUUGCAAAUUCAUAUUGGAGGGAUUUUAUUUAAUAUUUAGAACAUGACAAAGCAUAUUUUAUUCAAAGGUAGGGAUUUUGUACAGUUAUUUUCAUAUUUUACUGCAAUUCUAUUUUUAUAGCAAAGACAAAUUUCCCCAGCAAAGAAUGCUCACAUGUGGCCAUGCAAAUGUAAAAACAUUUAUCAAAUCUUUGAAUAAACAAUCGUGUGUUUACAGUG